AGUGUAGCUCAUCAGUUUCAGGGUAUCAGUGACCACGUUCCUGUAUCUUAACUGAUAAAGAAAGCGGGAGGUUUGUAGAGCGAGGGUGGCUAUUGUACUUAGCAUAGAGCUAUUACAGAAAUUGGUUUCAGAGCUAAUGAACUCUGCUGGUAGGAAGCUGAGGAAACAGGAGCUGAAGUCCUAGCCACUGAUGUGGUGACAACCAACUACCCUGAACUUUAAGUCCUGGGUAGCAUCAGCAAGCACCUCCCUGGGGAAGUUCAUCAUCUUCUGUCACUAAUUCAUCUAGAGUAAUCUCAACCAUCAGUGACCCGCACUUGUUUUGAACUGAUACACAGAGAAUGGGGCUUUGGAUACUAGCCAGCCUAACCAUUGUCAUCCAUGCAAUAGCAGCUCAAGAGUCUCAACAAGCCUUGAGUUUGGAAAAUCGAGCUUUAAUUGUAAAAUGCCGUAAUCGCGGAGGUUCUGUGGAUUGGUUUUACCCACAAACAAACAAAAGAAUUCCUGCCCAGGAGAAUAAUCGUGUAUUUGCCUCCGGUGAUCUUCUUAAGUUUCUACCAGCCCAAGUGAAUGAUUCUGGAAUUUACACUUGCUUUGUCAGAAGUUCUGACUUCAAUAAAACCGUGUUUGUGAAUGUCAGCAUAUACAAGGAACAGCCCGAUUGCACCAUCCCAGAUUUCUUGAUGUAUUUAACAGUACGAGGAUCAGAAAAAAACUCCAAAAUAUAUUGCCCUACAGUUAAAUACUACAAUUGGACCGCACCUCUUGAGUGGUUUAAGAAUUGUGAAGCUCUGAAAGGACCGAGGUACCAGGCCCAUGAAGACUAUCUGGUGAUUGACAACGUGACCCCGGAAGAUGUCGGUGAUUACACAUGCAAAUUUAAACACAGUGAAAAUGGAGUCAGCUACAAUGUGACAGCGACCAGAUCCUUCCUACUUAAAGUUAAGCAAGGCUUUCCUUUGCCUCCAGUAAUUAAAACCCCUGAACCCAAUGAAACAAAGGAAGUGGAUAUCGGGAAAACAGCAAACCUGAUUUGCUCCGCUUGCUUUGGGAAAGGCUACCAGUUGCUUACGAAUGUCCUGUGGGAGGUUAACCACACUAAAGUGGAGGACUUGAAUGAAGCAAGAUUUCACGAGGAGAAAGAGGAAAAUCAAAGUUCCAGCAAUGAGCUGACCUGCCAGAGCAUCGUCCUAAGGAUAGCUGCUGUGAGGAAGGAGGAUUUGCAGCUGCAGUACGACUGCGUGGCCCUGGGUUUGCGCGGUGUGAUCAAGCACCGCCUAAGAUUACGUGGCAGAAAUCCAAUUGACCGUCACAGCUACUACUACAUAGUGGCAGGAAGUGGCAUGUUGCUAAUGCUCAUCAAUGUCUUGAUGAUCAUCCUGAAAGUGUUCUGGAUUGAGAUGAUUCUGCUCUGGAGGGACGUCGCUCGACCUUACAAAACUAGGAAUGAUGGAAAGAUCUAUGAUGCCUAUGUAAUCUAUCCACGGAGCGGCAAACAUAGCCCGGAGGGGACCAGUUCUGUGGAGUAUUUUGUUCACCAGAUUCUGCCUGAUGUUCUUGAAAAUAAAUGUGGAUAUAACUUAUGCAUUUAUGGGCGAGAUCUGCUACCUGGAGAAGACGCAGCCACCGCGGUGGAGAGCAGCAUACGAAAGAGCAGGCGGCACAUAUUCAUCCUGACCCCUCAGAUCGUGCACUGCCAAGACUUUGCCUAUGAGCAGGGGGUCGCGCUGCACAGCGCCCUCAUCCGGAAUGACGCCAAGGUGAUUCUCAUUGAAGUGCGGGACCCCAGCCAGCCGGGCGGACUGCAGGUGGAGGAGCUGCAGGAUUCCCUCAAGCACAUCAUGAAGGUGCAAGGUACCAUCAAAUGGAAGGACGACCACGCCGCCAACAAACGGUCCCUGAAUUCCAAAUUCUGGAAGCACGUGAGGUACCAAAUGCCGGUGCCCAGCAAACUCCCCAGAAAGACGUCGAGUUUAAUGGCCUUGAAUGCCUUGGAGCAUUAAUGCUGGCUUUGAUGGACUAACCCGCCUCAGUUCCUAGGUCUGCCGAGUCCUCCUGGCCAGAUUAGUGUCUGGACUGGACUAGGAGGCUGAGGCCUGAGAAGUAGGAACGUCAAGGGCAUUCAGAGGUCAGGUUUCAUCUAGUGACUUUACUCCUAUUUUUCUGGUUUUAUGUGGAUGUGAAAUGCCCAGAAAUUUUUAUCCUUGAUCCUCCUACUUCAACUCUGUGGCCUCUUCCACUUUUUUUUUUUUUGGAGAGGUUUUUGCUAUAGGGCACGUGCACUCACCAGACAGACAGAGAGAGACAUAG